UGAACCGCGUGCAUGAUACGAAUUAUGCCCUCACAACGCCACGGCGACGUUUCGGACUACGACGACAAGUAUGGAGAGCUCAAAUUCUCAAGCGCUUACGAAGCGAAGCGCAGACAUGUCCUUAAUGCCUCCUCCGCCGCCGCCAAAGCGACAAAAGCGACCAUCGCAGGUCCUCGAUGAGGACGUCUACUCAGAUGCCCUGUCCCACAUCAUCGCACGAGACUUCUUCCCUGGGCUGCUAGAGACGGAAGCACAACAGGACUACCUUCAAGCGCUGGAGAGCAACAACAAAGACUGGAUACGCGAAUCAGGCAGGAAAUUGACACAAGUGAUGACUCCGCUGCCUGAGGGACGAAGAAGGGUCGGAGCAGGGACAAAUUUCACUCCUCGAAGAAGUACAGCUCUGGGCGAGACGCCACGUACAUACGUGGGCGGGACGCCAGGUCAGACGCCUGUCGAUGGCAAUCAUUUCGCGCCCGAAGAGGAGAAGCCAGAGGUGGACCUCAACAUGUCAUUGGGCGCUUUUCAAGCGAAAUACACCUCAGAAGAUAACGAGAGCUUCAACGCGCUUCUCGACAAGCAGAACGAGAAAAGGGCUUCGAAAUAUGGGUUCUUCCACCAGGGCAAUAAGAUACCGACAGCCCGACAAAUCGCGUACCGCGACAAGCAGCAGCAGCUUUUGGAGAAUGAGCAGAGCUCGACUGCUCUGAUCACGACAAAUUCUGCUGGUGAAGAGCGCAUUGCACUGGCUGCGUCGCGGCCUUCCCAGGAUCUCGAUGCACGACCGGCUUCUGUUGACACUUUCACCAACAGGCAAGGGCCGCGGAAUUCUUUCAUGUUCGGUCCGGACGGCGUAGAAGACCAAGUCGUCACUAGAGCUCAAGAUGCCGAACUGAGAUCUAAUGCUCCUCCGAAAGCGAUCAACUAUGGGGGCACGCGUAUUUCAGACGUUCGCGCAGAGGCUGAGAAUAACGUGCCUCCGAGUCCGUCUAUGAGUGCGAUCGAUGCUGCCAUCGCUGGACGGCCCAGAGCUACUGGAUCUGAGACUGGCUAUACCGGCGCAGAUACGCCUCGUGUGAAUGGGUAUGCGUUCGUCGAUGCAGAGCCGACACCUAGCGAGCUGGGUAUACCAGUUACAGAUGAGGAGGCGGAUGCCGCUGAACAAAAAGCUGCUGCACACUUGCUGCCCAAAGUUGAUGAAGACGGCCCUAACCCGUUUCACAUUAAGGAACGCAGUAGACGAGAAGAUGUUCACCAUAGACUUGUGGAAAAGGCCGAUGCUUCCAGAAGGAAAGGCGGAAGAAUGGAACAACUCCGAAACCUCGGCAUCACACCUGGAAGAACUCCAACGCCUAGAUUUGCGAGCGGUGCGAACAUUCGCAAAGGUGGUAUGACUCCGGCAGCACAAGCCUUGGCGAAUAGGAUUGGCACACCACGCCGUGAUGCUGGGUUCUCGUCGAGUGGCGUUAGUAAGUCCAGUUGGACUCCCACGCCGCGAAUGAAACCAAAGCAAUGAGACACGAAGUUUGGAUAACGCGUGAGCAGGACACGAAUGUAGGAUGAUGAGAUCUGCCUUCUGCAGAACAAGUGCAAAUACCCCGCUGUGCCACUCGCAAGGUGCAGAGCUGAACCAGGGACACACACUUCUCGCUGACCACCUUAACUACCAGGCAAGUGCAGGUCCGCGAAAUAUUCUUAGUCAAAGCAACGUCUCAGUCAGAGUCGUUCGCGCGGCACACUAGGAAAUGCCUUCAACCGUGAACGAUUGCAGCGCCCACAUCUCAGGUGCGCGUCUUCAGUACCGGUAAUACCAAGCAGCUAGUGAAGUGGCCAUCGCCAUUAAAUCGAACAUGUUACAACCACAUUCUACGGACGGCUCAUCAGGUGCAAGCGAAUUUCACAACCCUACAAGGUCUCUUCCACCGG